AGUCCUUGUCCCCAACGGAGGGCUCUCGGCUUCUUCCGUCUUCUCGCUCUCUAAAGGCCCUCCGCCGCCGCCUUCUUUCAGCACCCCGCCAUGUCCAACGUCGUGGAUACGAAGCUCUACGACAUCCUUGGGGUGCUUCCCGGUGCAAGUGAGAACGACUUAAAGAAGGCAUAUCGCAAAUUGGCUAAGGAAUAUCACCCUGACAAGAACCCAAAUGCAGGAGAUAAGUUCAAAGAAAUAAGUUUUGCUUAUGAAGUUCUGUCCAAUCCAGAAAAGCGUGAACAAUACGACCGAUAUGGAGAACAGGGUCUACGUGAAGGAAGUGGGGGGAGUGGCAUGGACGAUAUAUUUUCACACAUAUUUGGCGGCAGUCUCUUUGGGUUCAUGGGUGGUCAAAGUCGUAGUCGCAAUGGGAGAAGAAGAGGAGAAGACAUGAUGCAUCCACUUAAGGUGUCUUUAGAAGAUUUAUACAAUGGCAAGACAACCAAACUUCAGCUCAGCAAGAAUGUUCUGUGUAGCUCCUGUAAUGGGCAAGGUGGUAAAACGGGUGCAGUUCAGAAGUGCUCAGCCUGCAGAGGACGGGGUGUCCGUGUCAUGAUUAGACAGCUGGCUCCAGGCAUGGUACAACAGAUGCAGUCUGUGUGCUCCGACUGCAAUGGUGAAGGAGAAGUAAUUAAUGAAAAAGAUCGUUGUAAAAAAUGCGAAGGCAGUAAAGUGAUUAAAGAGGUUAAGAUUAUAGAAGUUCAUGUUGAUAAAGGCAUGAAACAUGGUCAGAGAAUCACAUUCAGUGGGGAAGCAGACCAAGCUCCCGGAGUAGAACCAGGAGAUAUUGUUCUAGUUCUACAGGAAAAGGAUCAUGAGGUUUUCCAAAGGGAUGGAAAUGACUUGCACAUGACACACAAGAUUGGACUUGUUGAAGCCUUGUGUGGCUUUCAGUUCACAUUUAAGCAUCUUGAUGCUCGUCAGAUUGUUGUCAAAUAUCCUGCAGGCAAAGUUAUUGAGCCAGGCUCUGUUCGUGUAGUUAGAGGUGAAGGCAUGCCACAGUACCGCAACCCCUUUGAAAAAGGAGAUCUCUUCAUCAAAUUUGAUGUUGUUUUUCCAGAAAACAACUGGAUUAACCCUGAAAAGCUUACAGAACUGGAGGAUCUUCUGCCAUCCAGACCAGAAGCCCCCGCAAUAUCUGGUGAAACAGAGGAAGUAGACCUGCAAGAAUUUGAUAGCACUCGAGGAUCUUCAGGUGGUCAGAGACGUGAAGCGUAUAAUGAUAGUUCUGAUGAUGAGAGCAGCCACCAUGGUCCGGGAGUACAGUGUGCACACCAGUAAAUAUUUGGGGCGGGGGGGGAGUUAUGCAAUUGGAUUUUCGUUUAAAUUUUGCCUGGUUUUGUUUCUGCGACCUGGCUGAGUUGCCCAAACAAUCAAUAUCUGAUGGACAUUUUUGUUGCUGUAUGUGUACCUUUUUAAUUAGUUCCAUAGUAUUUACAGAGUGUAUAAUUUAAAAUAACCAUUAUGCUUACAUGCAGUUUUGACUGUUCCAUAGCAAAAUAAAACACUCAAAA